AUGCCAAAGGAAGCUCCCCGUGUAUCACAGGAUCUGCUUCAGAGCAGUGACAAUUCGGCUGGAGGUUCAUCUCCUACGGGAGCCACUUCUUCCGGUGGAGCAGUCAUUCCGCCGUACCCCCUUAUAGACACUUUUGCUACUCUCACCAUCUUGAUGGUUCUCCCCAGUUGGCUCAGUGUACUAUUCUUACUUUUUUACAUCCUUUUAGGUAGCCCCAAGUUCUUCGAGUCUUCCAUAUCUUUGCUUUUUAAGCAUAGGCUUUUGGGAUUGCAUUCCACUCUUCCUAAUUCUUCCGAGGAUCAUUCUGUCACAUAUUUUCUCUCAUGGUUCUCCUUUGAUUCCCUUCUAGUAGGAACCAUCCUACUGGUGAAUCCUUCCAUUUUGGAGUACACCAAAUUAUUGGCCAAGGCUUUCUUGGCUGCUCGUCUCACUUCCACUAGACAUCGUCAAGUCCUUGAUGCUAUAGUAUCCUGUGUUUUGCUCUUGUUUGUCGAACGAUUCAUUCAGUAUUUGAUCAAGUUUAUCCAAUUGGGUGAUCUUCAUCUUGCACUACCAUUCAUUUUACAUUCAUCCCUAACUUCCUCACAAGAUCAACUUCAACAGCCAAAACUUCAAGACCAGUCGGAGAGCUACAAAAACACUCAUCCAUCGUCUGCACUUACGGAUUUAUUAGGAUCAACAUAUAUAGGGUCGCAUAGAAAUCCUCUCAAGCUAUUGGUAUAUCACCUUUCUUUCUCUAAUAUCGAGAGUGCUUCCCGUAUAGUUUUUGGAUUUGACUACUUUGUCGAAUUCUUCUACUCUACCUUGGCUGUUUAUACCAUAUUGCAUAGGAUCAGCCCUUUUCUAUCAAAAGUUGUCUUUUACAACAGUAUCUCGAAAUCUCUUGAUAACAUUACUACCGUCGCAAUACCAAAACGUCGUCGUGCUCACUCAAGGCUUGGCUCUUCCGGAACUUCGUCUACAAGUUUAAAGAGUUUGAAUGUUCAUUCAAGAUUACCCUCCUUAUCUGGUAUUCAUCAUUACGAGAAGAAAGUAAAAGCAAACUCGACAGUUGUCGAGACCAUAAAUGUUCCCAGAGAUGUUUCCAAAUCAGUAUUACCAUCUCUUCUCCUACAGGAUAACUAUUCGACCGCAGCGGAGCAAGCGUUUUCUCUGGGAGACUCUCAAUUACCAAAUUCUGACGCUGAACAUACUUUCGACGGUAAUACAUCUACCACAAAUACUUCAGAUACUCCCGCCUCUUUUCCUCUAGACAAACAAAUGGGAAUAAUGAAUGAUAUUUCCUCUUCAAGUCUGGUUGUGGCCCAGAAUUUUGAGAAUUAUUGCCGGGUAGCUUUGUUUCCGUUACUUUUUCCCAUUUUGAAUAAUAAUCUGACUCCUACAAAGGGCAAAUUGAACCCAUAUCUUGAAAAAAAGAUCAAAUAUAUGGGUGUCAGAGUCCAACAGCCAUUAUGGGUAUUUGUUAAUGCUGCACGAACCAUGUUUGGCAGAAAAGAUCUAUACUCGGGCGAUUAUUAUCAGCAUAACGCUGUUGUUGCAGCCGAUCCCGCGGUAGAGGACUAUGUUAGAUCCUCUAACGGUUCUCCGCAAUGCUUUGUUUGGUAUACUGGGGAAACUGCUGUGGCAUUUGAAUUAAGAAACAUCAGCCUUGACCAGUUGUUAGUCAGGGUCAACGGUAUUAUCUGGGAGCAUGUAUCAUCGGCUGGAUUAUACGGCCGAGAAUUGGUCAUGGUAAAUGGAUUAAGUCCAUUAUCACAAUACGAUAUUGACUUCAUCAAGAUAUUGGAUAAUGGAGAGUUGAGACAUUUCGCUGCAACAACAGUUAGUACUGUUCACAAGAAUCGCACUUUGACGGAAUCCAAACCUUCAACUCCUCUUGCAACUUUACAGGAGUCCGUCGUGACUACUCAGAAUGCCAUUGAUCGUGAGAAGGCAAAAUUGAAGAAGUUGAAGAAUGAUUGGCGAAAAAGAUCUACUGCCUUGAAAUCUGAAAUCGAAAACUUGAAUAAUAGAUCAAACAUGGCUGACGAGAGCCGUAAUUAUAAAAAGGUCGAGUCUUUACGUCAAGCGGUUGCCAAAUUGGAUAUCGAAGUGUCGAAUCUAUCAAAAAGGUUUGAAGAGAUAUAUGCUCAGCAGACGGAAGUUGAUGAGAAAUAUUUGGACGAGAAGAGAACUUAUGACUCUGAAUUAAGAUGUCACAAAUCUUUUCAGGAAGAACACGAUGAGAAGAUUAAGGACCACGAAAAGAAGAUUAAAGACUUGACCUUGGAGAAGAAGCAACUUCUUCAGAAGAAAGAUAAGUUGAAUCAAAAGAAGAACAGAAUUCAAAAAGACAUAGAGGAUAUGGAGACGGAAAUCGAGGAGUUAAAGAAGAAGGAAAUUAUCUGGCGACAGACUCAGAGAAAGGAGAGAAGUGACAAAAGAGAGCAGAAGUACCUACUUUUGAUGUCGGACAUCAACAAGUACGAAAAACGUGAGGGAUUGAAAAACGUGAAGGAUUGA